AUGGGUUGUAUACAAAGCUUCAGGCAAUGCUGUGACCGGCCGAAAAAUACCAAUGUCCGAAUUAGUCUUCCAGCAGUGUGUUUCGUAUGGCAAAUUGCCAUGAUCAUCUUAUUCGGCAUUUUUAUCCGUUAUAACGAGGAAUCCGAUGCACAUUGGAUAGAGCAUAAAACAUCUAAUAACAUAUCCAGUAACAUUGAGAACGACUUCUAUUUCAGAUAUCCAAGUUUCCAGGAUGUCCAUGUGAUGAUCUUUGUGGGCUUCGGUUUCCUCAUGACCUUCCUGAAGCGCUACAGCUUCGGUGCCGUUGGCUUCAACUUCCUCAUCGCCGGCUUCGGCCUUCAGUGGGCACUUCUGAUGCAGGGAUGGUUCCACUCUCUGGACCCAAUGGACGGCAAGAUCAAGAUCGGCGUGGAGAGCAUGAUCAAUGCAGACUUCUGUGUAGCCAGCUGCCUGAUAGCGUACGGGGCGGUGCUAGGCAAGGUGAGCCCAGUCCAGUUGAUGGUGAUGACGCUGUUUGGAGUCACUCUGUAUGCUGUGGAGGAGUAUAUCAUCCUCAGCCUCAUACAUGCCAGGGAUGCUGGUGGCUCCAUGGUGAUCCACACAUUCGGGGCUUAUUAUGGUCUGUCCAUCUCGUGGAUGCUUUACCGGCCCAACCUGGACCAGAGCAAGCAUCGGAUUGGCUCUGUCUAUAAUUCAGACGUCUUUGCCAUGAUCGGAACCCUGUUCCUGUGGAUGUUCUGGCCUAGUUUUAACUCGGCCAUCUCGGACCACGGGGAUGGGCAGCAUCGAGCAGCCAUCAACACCUACCUGUCCCUGGCCGCCACUGUCCUCACCGCCAUAGCCAUCUCCAGUCUCUCCCAGAAGACCGGCAAGCUGGACAUGGUUCACAUCCAGAACGCCACACUGGCCGGGGGCGUUGCCGUGGGAACGGCAGCGGAGUUCAUGCUAAUGCCUUAUGGGUCUCUGAUUGUAGGGUUCUGCUGUGGCAUCAUCUCCACCCUGGGCUACAUUUAUAUCACGCCAUUCAUGGAGAAAUAUCUGAAGAUCCAUGACACGUGUGGCAUCCACAACCUCCACGCCAUGCCUGGGGUCAUAGGGGGCAUCGUGGGCGCCAUCACUGCUGCAGCCGCCAGUGAAGGCGUCUAUGGCAAGGAGGGGUUGAGAAACACGUUUGACUUUAAGGGGGAAUGGAAAGAUAUGAAGCCGACCCAGCAGGGAGGACACCAGGCAGCAGGGCUCUGUGUUGCCCUCUGCUUUGGAAUCGGAGGAGGAAUCAUUGUUGGCUGUAUCCUGAGGUUACCGAUCUGGGGGGAUGCUCCUGAUAACAGCUGCUUUGAUGAUGAGAUCUACUGGGAGUUACCUGAGGAUGAAGAGAACAAUCCACCUACCGUGGAGUACAGUAACCACAUGCGGAACAAGGCCGUAACAGAAUCUAAUGUAUCUUUGGAACGGAGACAGAACUGA